CCAAAAUUUCCCAAAACCUACCAUGGAACCGACACAAAUCCCACAGGGAAACUCAAUUCCCAGCUGACUCGGUUUCAACUCACUCGCCACUAUGCUCAAAGGCAAGCUCAAGCUCCCGGACCGCCUCGGCAGCUUAGUCAACGGCUUCGAGGACAGAGAUGAGGAAAGCGGGGGUUCCAGUUCGGUUUUCGACUAUGGAGAAGAGCUCGAGAUCAUUCAGCCCAAUGGGUCUGGGUCAGGACGUGACAGUGAGGCAGAUGAUGAAGGGGAUAAGGAGGAGGAGGUGAUGGGGACGAGGAAGAUGAAAAUCGAGGAGGAACCGAAUCACAAGGUCCGAUUGAAACCCGAUAAAGAAGGGUUUACCCCCGUUUCCGUUAAUGAAGUUAUAGAGGCUGAUGAAAAGAGGUCCGAUGUUAUGUAUGAGCUUUCUCAGAAGGAGAUAAAUCUGGAAAAGUUGCAAAGAAUUGCUAGCACAGGGCUUCCUGAUGGAGGAGGUGUUCGCGCAACCGUUUGGAAGCUUCUCCUUGGUUAUUUACCUCCAUCUCGAGACUUGUGGGAAAAGGAGCUGACUGAAAAUCGACUGAAAUAUGCGAAGUUAAAAGAGGAGCUCUUAUUAACUCCUUCAGAACUUGCAAGGAUGAAAGAUGAAGCUGAAAGGUCCAACGAGCACAGUGGUGAAGGUAUUGUUAAUGGACCACUUAGGCGGCAUGAAAUUUCUCACGAAGAUCACCCUCUAAGCCUUGGUAAGGCAAGUCUUUGGCAUCAAUACUUCCAGUAUACAGAGAUUGCAGAACAGAUUGACCGUGAUUUGCAGAGAACACAUCCAGAUAUGAAAUUUUUCUCAGGAGAUUCAUCAUUCAGUAGGAAGAACAGGGAAGCAAUGAGGAAUAUUCUUCUUCUAUUUGCAAAACUAAAUCCAGCCAUUCAGUAUGUUCAAGGCAUGAAUGAGAUCUUGGCACCAAUUUACUAUGUAUUUAGUGCUGAUCCAAUUGAGAAGAAUGCUGCAAAUGCAGAAGCUGAUAGUUUUACUUGUUUUGUUCGACUCUUGGGUGACUCAGUGGAUCACUUCUGUCAACAAUUGGAUAAUAGUUCAGUAGGCAUCCUGUCCACUCUUUCACGCUUGUCAGAGUUAUUGAAAGCUAAUGAUGAGCAAUUAUGGCGGCACCUUGAAUUAACAUCUAAGGUUAAGCCUCAGUUCUAUGCAUUCAGAUGGAUCACUUUGCUACUUACUCAAGAAUUCAGUUUCCAUUCUAUCUUAAGAAUUUGGGACACUCUUUUGAGUAACCCUUUUGGUGUACAGGAUAUGCUUCUCCGCGUCUGUUGUGCUAUGUUGUUGUGUGUGAAAAGCAGGCUUUUGAGUGGUGAUUUUGCAGCUAACUUAAAUUUACUUCAACACUACCCUAAGAUCAAUAUAGAACACCUUCUACGAGUAGCCCAGGAACUCAGUCCCGACACAACUUCCUACCGCUUGUCUUUGUAAAUUUCAUGACUUCAUAUAUGUGUGCCUGCUUCUGUGUUCAUUUUACAAAAUUACCUCGUAACACUGUCCGUACUAGUGAACAACUUCAAGUUGUGAAAUCAGACCUGAUCAUCCUAUUUCAUGGAAAAAAACGAUUGAUCGGAAU